AUAUCCAACAUUCUUAAACACUGAACUGUUCCUACCAAAAUACUAUCAAAAGUUUGGUAACCUCUUUGCUGUGAUACCGGAAGAGGAAUUUCAAAAUUUUUUCAUGAUUGUUGAGAGGGAGGUUCGAGUUUGCCAGUGUCAUAAUAACGAUGAGGAUAUCAUCUAUCGUGUCAAACACACGGUGAUUGGCACAGCUAAUGUAUCAGUCAUCGAGCAUGGAACCGAUGUGGUUGAAUUGUAUGUCAUAAAUCUACCCGAUACUGGAAAAAGUAUAAGAUAUACAGAGAUCAAAUAUUUUGAUGCAGAUACAAGGAAACUUGUUGAUAACAAUGUCUAUUUCAAGUUGGCAAAUAGCACGAAUGUUGUUGAGUCAAAAGUUGUGACAGUAGCCGAAGAUGGGAGUUCACCAAUAGUUAUCACUGAUAUUCAAUACCAGUUGCCUCCUUCAUCAAUCUACAGAACAAUGGUCCAAGAUCAUGGAUUCAAUCUGAGAAUAGGUUCAAAGACUGAAGGAGUUAUGAGAGCAGAUUAUGUGGUUUGUGAAAAAGAUAAAGAUGGAAGUGGUAAUUAUUUGAAGCCUAUUUGGCCAGUCAUUGAGGUGGGGAUUAACGAAAUGAAUGGGGUGCAGCAUGCUCUCGUUAGCGAUGAUGAACUGAUCAACCUAUUUACCAGGCGUCAUAAAUCCUGGUCAUGUCAAUCACCAAGCAAUCAGAAUGUGAGCUUUACAAGAGCAGAGAGUUUCCUAACAUUUACUGUGCCAGUUCACUAUGUUGAGUAUUAUGAUGGAGUCGACAUAUUAUGGCCGAAGAGAAGGGAAGAUGGAUUAGUAAGAGUUGUGGAGGUGAAAUUUAUUUCAGGCGGAAAAGUCAUUCGUUUUGAGGGUCAACUGGUAGGACAAACAUCUGGAGAAUGGCGCAUGUAUACCCUAGAAGAAAAUCAGGGCAUACUGUUGCCAAAGGAAGGAGAUAUCUAUCCACUACCAGCCAGCGAAGUUCCAGUAAGAAAGAAUCGUUUGCAGGAUUACAAAUGGGAUGGAAAAACGUAUGAAAAAACUGUCAUUGAAGACAAAGAGAAUUCAUUGGAAUUUAUUGUAAACGGGACUUCUGGAGAAGCAGAGGCUGAGCUAAAACUAAUCAUCUGUGAAAUUGACGAAGAAAAGGAGAAACAAUUGCCCGAAUUUAAAGUUAUUGGUAUCACGGUAUCUGGUGAUACCCGUGAGAAAUAUUUAACAGAAGAAAGGACUGUCAUUUGGCUUUGCAAGGAUGGGGGGAAAAAAAUAGAACCAGAAUCUACUGAAUCAGCUCCUGAUGCUCAAACUACCUCGAACGAGUCACCUACCGAAGUUAUCCGAAUUGUAACCAAUCAAAAUCUCGAAAAAACAAAUCCCGGUGAAGUUGGAAAAAUCAAACAUUCAAACCUGGAUAAGAUAUGGUUAGAAAUGGCCGACACCGACUAUAACAUAGAAAUUGAAGGAACCCGAUAUUAUAGCAAGACAGGACUAUUACAAAAACAAUUGAAUUCUUUUGUAAUAUUCGAAGAUAAAAAACGAACUGGUUCAUGGAAGAGUGGAACUAAACAUCCAGAAGGCUACAAAGAAAAAUCGAAAACGUCUCUGGAUGUACUUGAUUUGGAAAAUUCUGUUUACAACCUUAAUGAAAAAAAGGUGUAUGUGGUUAACUUUCCUGGAGAUAUGAGAAAAUUGCAAAUAGGAUAUAAAUAUUCGGAAAUUUAUGGGAAUCGCACGUCAAAAUUGAAUUGUGUGGAAGAUCCAACUCUAGCAGCAGUGGAGAUGAAUAAUAAAGCAUCUAUGUAUCGUACACAAUUGUUAGAACUGGAAAAUAGAGAGUACCACUAUUUGGAUUUAGAUGACGUCUUUAGAAUUGAAGCCAUGAAGAUUUGGAAUUGUACUGAUGAAGAUACCGGAAAGAACAUACAAGGAGUGAUGCAAACUCUUACGUUGAUUACUAAAGAAUUCUCAAAUAUACGCUAUUUAGAUGGAGUAACUGUUCUUUAUGGCAAAGAUGAGAACUCCACAUUUCGGACGGAGUUUACAGAAUUCAAAUAUCUCAAUGAAGAUCAUAUAAAAGUGAAGUAUGAGGGCAAAGUGAACUUGAAUACAGCGGCUACAUUGCAAUCCAAGUUGGUCGACUCCAUAUUUGUAUCAGAUGUGUUCUAUAUGCUAGCUGAUUAUCAAAGGGAAAUAUACAGAACUAAACUAGAAAGCAAAGGAGCCACCUUGGAAAUGGGCGAUUCAUAUAAGUCUGACCCUCACGAGACAUUAGAUCUUAGACUGAGUUGUUCGAGUGUGGAGGAAUCCACUGCCCCAGACGAUUUAAGAAAACUUUUUCCAUCCAAAGUUAUAAGACUCGAUUCGGAAAAUAGUUCUCCAAUUAGAGAGGAAGAGAGCCAAUUCUUCACCACUUCUAGGAGAGUCUUUUCAUGUCAAGACCUGAAUAAGACCGAAAUCCAGUAUUAUAGAGUGGUAAAUCAACACUCAACAAUAACCAGUAAACCAAUAAAGCAGAUAUAUCAUUUCGAUGGAGUAACGAUCAGAUAUAAUCAUGAGAGUCACCAGUUUGAAAUAGAAGACAUCAGAUAUCUGCUGCGAAUACCUGGGACCAAUGGGAAAGAUUCGUACGAACCAAUCAGACUCCGUCGUAUUAUGCAACUUCCCAUGGAUGAAAUUUAUAGAAAAUUCAAAGAACACAGGGAAAAUAUUGGAUACCUUUUAGAUAGAGAAGUAUUGCUGUAUUCUAAUUUGGUUGGUACCGGUAGAACAAUUGAACUGGAAUCAGAUUAUCAAACAACAAUUGAGCUCGAAGAGGAUGAUUAUGUAACUUGCCGUCUAAUUCAAGACAGAGCACCAGAUCCAGAUGUUUCCUUUUACAAUCCGAAGGUAUGUCUGAAUCCGGGAUCUGAAGACGAAAAUAUAUAUGUGGAUAUAAUGGAUGAAGGGGUGGAGAUUAAAUUAUCACUAAUAGUUCAAGAACAAUGGCUGUGUACGAACAAAGCCGAGAACGUGAAGUUUAUACGACUGCAAAAUAAGUUAGUCUCAAUGCAACUGAAAGAUCGGUACUAUCACAACACUAACGUACUUCUUGGGACAUUAUUCCUUCCAAAUGGAAUGAAAGCAUAUCAAUUCACUCACCUAAAAUACGUGAUCGAGGAGGAUGGUGAAAAUAAAACUGCUAAAUUUGUUGGGAAGAUUCUUUCAAUUAUGGACAAUAUACCAGGAGCUGAAUCAUUUAUGAAUGAUUUACAAUAUUUUCAAACAGCUUUACCAAUGAGAAUUAUUGAAGUGCGACCCAGAGACCUAGUUUGGUCAUUGGACAGUUUGAGACUGAUGUACAUUCUACUUACUGAAGAUGAAAAAGAGGCUGAAACGACUAAAAUCCGGGAUCUGGGCUUUUCUAAAAACCCAUAUUCUUUGAGAACACAGCUUUUGGACCCUGAAGCGAAUCGCAUGUUUCAAUUUGGACGAUUCUAUGAGGAGAAAUUUAAGCCUGAAAAUGACAGAAACAUGUCGUGCAUUAAAUUUCCUUGGGACCCAACAUUCAUGCCAGAUUAUCUUCCGAGGGUCGGCGAAUACAAUGAUGGGCGCUUGUACAUGAUGAACAAAGACAUGUUCAAUGAGGCUUUUGAAGUAUUGAGAAUGCAGGUUUUUCUCUGCACCAACGCAAUGGACGAAAUGCUUUUUGUGGAGACGAUUUAUAAAUCAAAAAUACCAAUUUUUGCUGCGAGACUUACUGAUGGCACCGCUAUAAAAGCUCUCACCGACCCCGAUGGCAGUAUUCAUUAUGAAGUGCACGAGUCUGUGUACAUGGAUGUAUCUGCUUCAAAAGUGUUAGCAUAUGACGGUGAACUACCAGUGAUAGAAAUUCGUGGUUCGAAAUAGGCCCUCCUUCAAGCCUCCUCCAACAUACAUGGGUUUCAGGAGGGACUUCCAUAAAGAAAAAUGCUUGAAGAUAACUUUAACACAUAACUCUCCCACUGGUACACCAGUUGACCAGUAUAUUACAUUGUUGUUUUUUCAUUUAAUUCAUAGUUUCAUUUAACUGAAGGUGAUAAAUAAGAUAUAACAUUAAUUAUGAACUAAACCAUGUAGAAUAAAUUCAUACUGUUAUAAUGGUCGCAAGUAGUUUACCAGAGAGAAGUUUACUGAGAAAAUUCAACAUUUUUAUCGUAAUUUUUUUAGAGGUUAUAGUUGAAGGCUGAAAGUGGACGUAUUCGAGUGAAAUAAAACAAAUCUGAGUUAUUUUCAAAGUAUCUAAACAAAAUUUGAUGACUUACUGAAUUGACAAUAAGUGGCACCCACUAAAUACAAAUAUGUAACGAGAUGCCAAUAAUUUUUAUUUUUUCAUUCAAAAACAUGAAGUUUCUAGUAAUGCUAUACAACAUUUCAAUUCUGUCCAAUGGAAUAGAAUUGCAAAUCUAUCUGUUUGCAAACAGGAUUCCUCCAAAAAUUGCUUCGUCCAUAACACAAUAAUAACAAUGAUUCAUUAUAAAGAAUACAGAGAAGUAAGAAUAAUUAAAAUGAAGUGGAAAUUCUUUUCGAACUUGGAAUAUUAUAAAAGAAGGAAAUAUGCAGAAUAUAACUUAAUCACUACAAGUUGCAAUACUACAAUAAAUUAGGAUAAACGACAAGGAAAAAAUCUUAUUGAAUUGAUAAGGCCUCAUGUUAUCUUAUUCAUCACCUCAUGUUAUUAUUUUCUCUUGAGUGGAGACUUUUGCACAUCUAAUGGGUAUUUUGGGGAUUUGUUUUUUGCACACUUUAGAUCUAGAACUAAUACUAUGAGGGGAGAGUUAUCUUCAGUAUUGAUAUAGCUUUUUGUUUCAUAUUGGCAGUAUGGACAUUACAAGUGUGAGAUAUUGCAAUUAGUUAAGAUUUAAUAUUCUUUCAAUUCCACUACCAAUUAUUGACAACAGAGAUUUUGCUAUCAGCUCAUAAGGCCCUAUACCUGUGAAAAUUCUCUAGAGUGAGAUUUCUGUAAUUUUGAGGCUUUUAACAAUAAUUAUAUGCCUGGUUUGAUACUCUUCAAGAAUGAAAUAUUAUAAUUCACUGGAUUGUGAAUGAUAGCUGUUCAAUUUUUUGAAAUUGAAUGGUAUUAAAAUGAUUUCAUUAACCAAUGUCUGUGAAUAAAUUGAAUAAACUUAUAAACAUCAAACAUUAGGAACUUCUAUUCGUAAUCUUGUUGAAUUUCAUACAGUAGCAAUAAUAUUACUUGCAUUCGGGAUGUGACGAAUGAUGAUACAAUAAAUAAAUAGUUGAAUUUGAUAUUAAUUUGGAAUAUGACAAAUUUUUUAUUAGGUGGAGUUAGGAAAUUUCAGUUCUUUCUACCUAUCAAACACAUUUCAGAAUACAACGAAAUUGUGUUCAAAAGUUGGCUCAUUACUUAAAUAUCCCUGAAUUGAAUCAUUUUCAGCAAACAACAAUCAACAAACUGAGAAAACAGUAUAGCAAAAUCUCCUGAGUCUUAUUAGUUGAGUUUUUCAAAUAUGUUAUUAAACGCUCUAAUUAUCUAUGAAUUAAAGUUAUUGAUUUUGAUUGAAUUUCAAGCAAAUGUUUCCAAAACUAUUUGAAUCAUUGUUCUUAAUAAAUGAAGUUUGAAUUGAA